AUGAAUCUGGAGGAGCGAGAACGUAGGAUGGUGUACCGCUAUGCUUCCAAUCAACCUGCCGCUCCUGCCACCGCUGGCCUCCAGCACCACCAGCACCCGCAGCAGCCGUACCAGCACCACGGUGGCGGCGGGGGCACCGGUAAAAGUGGCAGCUACAACAACACCAGCUUCGCCGCCCGGUCGGAGUACAUGUUCACGGCCGGGUCGCCGAUAGAGGAUGGCAGCAUCGCGUACGAGCGCAAAGGCGGUUGCUUCGUGUCGAUCUGCCGUGGCAUCAGCAUCGCGGUGGUGAUCUUCGUCUUCAUCUUUUUUAUGUCGUUCACGAUUUUCUUCAGCACCAAAUACGCGUAUGAGCACAAACCGAAUCUGACGCUAGAGGACUUCCUGAACCAUCGGGCCUACCUGAUCGAUAAGCGGUCCCGGAUACCGAAACACGUCAUACCGAAGCACUACCGGCUAUUCAUCCACCCGGUGUUCAACGAGACGGGCAACCCGUUCAGCUACAGUGGCAUCGUGUGGGUAACGGUCACCUCCAAAAAACCGAACAACAAGCGGAUCGAGCUGAACGUGAAGCACCUACAGAUACGCCUGGAGGAUGUGGCCGUACUUAAGAGCAUUCGGCUCACGAACAUGGACUUCGAUGAGGAUCUCGAUUGGGAUCUGAGCGAGGAAGACCUGUACUCGCUGCCGCGACUGAACCGUCGCCGGCGCCGGAGCCAAACCGAGCCGCUGCCCGCCGAUACGCCCAGCAACUUCAGCACCCCGCGGGCGGCAGACGAUGGCGAUGAAAACAAUGCCAAAGAGACCAUGGACUACGCGGACGGGGACGGUUUCGAGAGCGAAAACGAAGGCUCCAACGUGACGGACUGGAGCAGCGUCAGGCGUGCGAGCACCGAGAAUGCUACCGUGAUCGACAAGUCCAAAUUCUACCACCAUCCCGUGUUUCCGACCGACGAUUUCGUCACAAUCAAAAUACUGGAUCUCGAGUUCGACGAAUCGAACGAAAAGAUGAUCAUCUAUCUCGGCACCGAGAUGAAGAAAGACAUCUACUACAUCGUGAAGGUGAACUUUACCGGCAAUAUGACGAACGACAAAGGGCUGUACUACACGCACUAUGAUGACGAUGAUGCACCUAGCCAUCGGCACUUUGCAGCGACCGUACUCGAACCGAACAACGCUCGCCGGCUGUACCCGUGUAUGGAUGAUCAUAACUUUCGGUCACCGUUCGAGCUGAACAUCGCCCGGAAAAGCAACAUGAACACCGCGUCCAGCAUGAACCUGGAGAUGUCGGAGCCCAUGGAAACGGACGAUAUCAUCGUUGACACGUACAACACGACCGGGAUGGUGCGCGGAUCGGAGAUCGGGUUCGUCGUGACGGAUAUGGUUCCGGAACGGUACGAGAUCACGACCAAGGUGAGCCUGCUGGCGUACACUCGGACCCGGUACGAUGAGCACAUCAAGAACGCAUCGGUAACUUUUUCGCGGGUUAUACAAAUUUUCGAGCACUACCUGGCGGUGCCGUUUCCGUACGAGGUGAUUCGAUACGUGACAAUACCGAACAUCGAUCACUCGAUCUACGAAAUCAAGGAGGGAAUGGUGCUGUCGAGUGAGAAGCGUCUGAUUAAAAGCGUGGACUACUUCCCGGUGCUAGACCGAAGCAUCGACAGGGAGGUAGCGAACGAGUUGGCCAAACUGUUCAUCCACAACCUGGCGGACUACAAGAACAAGGAAACGUACUGGUUGCACGAGUCGAUCCCGCUGUACCUGGAGUCGCUGGCACUGCGUAACCUUACCACCACCAGCAACUCGACCGUGCUCGAUGACUUCCUGCUCGAGGGUAGGCUUCGGUCGAUGCGCGAAGAAAUGAACACCAAAACGUCGGCACUGAACAUCUUCACCAACCACUGGGAGGAGGAUACACACUUCGAGCUGGUGAAGUACAAGGGCCUUAGCGUGCUACGCAUGAUGAACUACACCCUCGGGGAGCCGGUGUUUGAUCAGUUUCUGCGUGACUACUUCCGGUACCGCAUGGAAAGCGAAACGAUCGACGUGAUCGAGAUGCUGAACGGCGGUGACGGUGGAACAACAGACGCCGUGUUCAACAGUUUUCUGCACAGCUGGAGCAGCCUGGAAAAGUAUCCGAUCAUCAACAUCAAGCGUAACAAUGCGUCCGGUUACUUCGACCUGCGCCAAAUACCGCUACCGUUCGAGGAGGAUAUGGCCGAGCAGCAGUGGACCCUGCCGGUCACGUUCAUCAACGACACGAACCAGCGGCUAUUUGUAGAAAAAAUUCGCUGGCUGACGGACUUUGAUAAUCUGCUGGUGGUGAAGUCGAACUGCGAUGCUAUCAGCAAUGGCUCGUGGAUUAUAGUCAAUCCGAGUGGCAUUGGCUACUACCGUGUAAAUUACGAGCCGUCCCACUGGAUUAAACUAGCUCAUGUGCUGAAUAGAAACUUUCACUACCUACCAUACACGACGCUUGCCAUCAUUGUUGACGACGCGUUAAAUCUUGCUCGCCUCGGGCUGCUAAACUAUUCGAUCGCCUUCAACGUGGUAUCGUUUUUAAAGAAAAAUAACGAAAACUACCUCCCAUGGAAGCUGGCGCUGAGUAAUCUCGAGUUCGUGUACCAUGCCACCGAAGAUCUACCCAAUUUCUACUACGUAGAGCGUUUUCUAGAGUAUCUCAUCGUUGAGAAGUACGUGGAAAUCGAACGGAACGGUGAUACGCUCUAUUACAACCCAUCGAUUAGGGAGCUAAUCGUGCAGUGGGCCUGUACGCUUGGUGUGACGGCUUGCGUUGAGCACCAGAAGCAACUUUUUAAACAAAUAUUUGACAACAAAACGGUCUCACCGUUUGAACAACGCGAAGAGCAACUCUUCCGCAUCCUGUGCAUCACUGUACGGUACAGCGGACUGACGGAAUGGCUGAAGGUCGAGGAAAAGUAUCUUGAAACGGAUGAUAUCAAUUAUCAGCGCAUUUUGGUGAAAAGUUUGGGAUGCACGCGCGAAAUCCGGUUAAUCAAGCGCUACCUGGGUCUACUCAGGCAUCCCAUGUUCAACAUGUACACCAAGGAGAUUCUAACGUCCAUUAGCGAAAACAAGGUGGCCCUGAAGUACACACUAGACUACCUCUACAACGAAUGGACUGAGGUUCGGCGAUACUUGACUCUGUACGACAUCUCAAUUCUGUUGCGUAGCAUCUCCAAUAUAAACGAAUUCAGUAUGUACGAGCAAAUAUUCUUCCGUUACUCGUACACAUUUCAGACGAUGGAUAAGGAGAUCCUCAAACGAAUGCGGGAUAUGAUUAUCAAGCUGUUGCGAUGGAGAGAACAGAUAGCACCAAUUAUCGAGUUUGAACCGUUCCAGUUCGGCAGUGAUGAGAUAAUAGAUGAACUAACGUACAUGUAG